AUGUGUUCCUCUAAGAAGUCGGUACUUUUGACUCAAUCUGAUCUCAGCGAACAGAUGCAAAAAUUUUGGUCGUUGGAAGAAGUUGGAGAAACUAAUAUUAUAGAUCCUGUAGAUGAUUACGUGGAAAAACAUUUCGUAUCUACUCAUUUUCGUGACGAAAGUGGUCGCUAUGUAGUGUCAUUACCAUUCAAGUUGGAUAAUCCAAAUCCAGUGCUUUCUCUUAAUUCAAAAAGAUCAUUGAAAUCUUACUUCUCUCUCGAAAAUCGAUUGAUGAAAGACGAAGCUUCCUUGAAUUUAUAUAACGACUUCAUGUCAGAAUAUUUGAAAUUGAAUCAUAUGUCACGUGCCAAAACUUCCAAUAGUUAUGUGAUACCGCAUCAUGUUGUUCGUAAAGACUCUAGCUCAACCACGAAGCUGCGAGUUGUAUUUAACGCCUCAGAUUUAGAUAGUUUGGGUAAAUCGUUGAAUGAUAUGUUGUAG